AUGGGUAGCUCAACUAUCGACGUGGCAGCAGUCUCCAAGACCCUCCGAGGUCGAGUUAUCAGCAACGUCUUGCAAAAUGCUCUUGCAAACUCAGAUCAUUCACCAUUGAAGAUUCGCUGGUCUCUUUCUACACAACCAUUAUUUUUCCCGAGACCACCCCCGAGAGUAUCUAAGUGGAAUUACGCCAAAGCCUCAUGGGAAGAAUAUCGGACAAAACUGGAUACUUAUUUACAACAUAUCUGCUGGGAGGGAACAGUUGAUAAUAUUAAUACUUCUAUCGUCCGAGCUAUAAAGGAUGCGGCGAAGACUACCAUCCUUAGAUAUAGGAGACCGACAUACAAGCCCUAUUGGAACCGCACAUUGGAGUCCCUACGGCUUCGGAAAAACCGAAUUCGCCGGGUGAUUCAUGCACGAGUACGAGCAGGUCUACCCUGGGAUAUAUUACGACGCCAUCUAUGGGAGACCCAAAGAGAGUACUCUAGAGAGUUGAGAUCAGCACAGCGACAGCAGUGGGAUACAUUUACUUCAUCCAUAUCUCUCGUGAAGCGCCGAGAGUGGAAAGCGGUCCGAACAUUGGCAUUCGGGUCAACCGUCCAGCAAGCCAUUUAUGUGGAUGGUGUUACGGGAAAGCAAGCAGCACAACGCUACUCCCUCUACAUGGCACAGGAUAUCUAUCGCAGUCGAUUUUCGAACCGCAAGUGCAGGAAGUGGUCUCGUCAAGCGUGGAGUCUACAUCGAAAACAACGAGAAACCUACAGCCGAGCUCGGAUGGAGUGGGCAACACUAACUGAGCAGGAUCGAUAUGCACUCCCGUAUCAAGAACAAGCCCAAGUAGUACAGGGUUCCGCAUUCACUCGGUCAGAGUUCCGUAGAGCACUACACCAUCUAAACAAAUCUACAGCACCAGGCCCAGAUGAGAUCUCGGCACAACUCGUAGCAGAAGGAUCCGAGCUACUACACAAUAGCUUCCUUCGACUUCUGAACAUAACACUAACGACUUCACAAAUACCGAGGGCAUGGAGAACCUCACGAAUUAUUGUUAUUAAGAAGACACGCGGAGAAGCUACCCAGGCGACAGCAAGUGACUACAGACCUAUCUCCAUCACCAAUGUUAUGGCACGCUUGGCAGAGUCGAUGGUGGUCUAUCGUAUGGAAUGUCAGUUGGAACGAGAAGCCCCCUCACCAAUAUCCCCAGGCCUAGAUGAACAUCAACAUGGAUUUAGACCAGCCAGAAGUGUGGAGGAACAAGUAGCUUACAUCCACUCCUCGGUCCAGCAGGAGAUCGAAUCAAAUCGGAUAACUGCCUUCAUUUCUUUAGACUGGACGAAAGCUUAUGAUACGAUAGAUGGAGCGAAGUCAAAAUCCCGCAAACAACACCACGGCCUACCUCAAGGACGGAGUAGACGCCGAUCUAUCCACCCAAGCACGGUCACCAUUGACAACACAACUGUCGACCCGCAAGAGAGCCUACGCAUCUUGGGUGUCUAUUUCGACUCAACAUUGACUUGGAAGCCUUAUGUGGACCGGCUGGAUGUCCUAGAACCAGCACAAGAUCACAUACGGCUCUACGCUAGCUUAGCCCAUUAUGCUGCCUCAAAGCACAACCACCUAUUCACAUCGCCGUCUCAACCCUUAUAUCACUAUCCCCCAGUGCCACCUGGUCUAGCUACCGCCCCGUGGAGGGGGUGUCUGACUCUUAAGGAGACACUUCCGAAGAACCCACUUCCUAUCGACUACAGACAGGCCAUCACAGCCACCUUAGAUGACUAUGCAGCCCACCAGUAUACUAUGUUACUUAUUGAUGGGUCGUAUCACCAAGACGAGAUACAUCAUUUCGGUAAUCGAGCAGGUUAUGCCUGGUCCUUCUCAACAUCUACUACAUCCCUACACCCACCUCAGCACACCUUUACCGUUGUCUCGACUGGCGAGGGAUCCCUUGGUCCUCAUAUCUACAGCUCCUUCGAUGCAGAGCUCUGGGGAAUCUACUACGCAUUACGUCAACUGCUUGAUGAUCCAGACCAGGCGACAACAAAGCAGUUCUUCAAGCACUUACGACUGGAUGGUUACAAUCCUCGCCAGAACGCGAGAUUAUCUGGAAGGUGCAGUCGCCAAGGCUAUCCAAUGGCGAGGUCCAGGGAUCGUAAUCUCGUUACUGUGGUUGCUCAGAGCAGAGCUUCCCGUCAGACCAUAACACACUUCUUGGACGGCAAACACAACCGCAACCAGCCACACGAAUUCGACGAGCUGGGAGGACCGGAAAUUCGUCAUGAGUCAGCCAAGGCCUGGGAUGAGAGGCUGCAAGGAGGGGAAGCAUUAACGGCCCUAACACUAACUCAAGGCGGCGUGAUAACUAUCGAUGCCCAGGUGAACUUAAUAACAACGAGAGCUGGCUAUGAGGGUCGUGAGAUCACCUUCACUGAUUCCGUUACAUCUGCUUCUAGGCAGGAAAACACAAUCUACAACGAAUUCUAUGGGAGUACACCCAGUGAGAGGAACGAUCUUAUUCACCGCACACGAUGUACCCCUCCUGCGGGCAAAUCCACGUUCGACCCACUAUACGACGAGCCUAGAAUGGCUGCAAGGGAGUCCUAUGUCGCGUAUUUGUCUCAAAAGGUGCUGAAUGAUCGGAAGCUCCCGCAUGGUGGUAUUCGCAGCAAUAUUGAUGGGUCGAAGCGCGAGGCUUCACCGCCGGUGUCUCUCUCUGCCCAACAGUUCGAUCAAGCCGUCCCCAGACGCACUACACAAUCACUCAAAGAAGCGCGGCAUUGCAGGAAGAUCAAGGUACUCUACGGUGAAUCGUCAGCUGAGUCUGACCAGAACAAAACCCGGGCCCUUAAGCAGUAG